CGACCGUCUCCCUCUGGGCCUCAUGUCUUCCGCCACAGAAUCCUCUGCGGUUGCGGCGGCGCACUCGUUCAACAAGAUUCUGGAUAGAUACAAGAGCACGUCAAAAACGCGCUCAGCGGCGGAUGUAGAGGAGGCGACCAAGAAGUUGCGGCGGUUGAUCCUCGUCGACGGGAUCCCCUCUGAGGUGGACCCUACGCUGCGCCCAAGAAUAUGGAAGGUCCUCUUGCAUGUGCGCGAUAUGUCGGCGGGCGCGUUCCUGGAGUAUGUUGGUCGCGGGCCCUGCGAGGUGCGGGAGAAGAUCCGGAACGACACGUUCAGGACACUGGCUACCGACCGAGGAUUCAAGGAGCGCGUGAGCGAGGAGAUGCUGGUGCGGUUACUGGACGCGUUCGUAUGGCGAAAUCAUGAUCGACAUGAGAACGACCAACUCGGGUUCACUUACGUGCAAGGAAUGAACGUGCUGGCCGCGCCGUUCCUAUACACAAUGCCGUCCGAGCUGGAGGCCUUCCACUGUUUCGCCAAGUUUAUCGAGGAGUCCUGUCCACUCUACGUGCAGCCAACACUAGAAGGUGUACACUAUGGUCUCAAAUUGUUGGACAGGUGCCUCAAGAUCGUGGACCCUGAACUGUAUGCUCACUUACGCUCCAAAAACCUGUCCGCCGAGAUCUAUGCCUUCCCUUCCGUCCUCACACUGUGCGCAUGCACACCACCACUCGACCAGGUCCUGCAACUGUGGGACUUCCUGCUUGCGUUCGGCGUUCACCUGAACGUCCUUUGCGUAAUUGCACAACUACUGCUCAUGCGUGACGAAGUGAUGAAUUCUCCCAGCCCCAUGCGCCUGCUACGUACCUUCCCUCCCCUAGAGGCCCUGCCUGUCAUUGGCAUCGCGGUGACCCUCGUCAGAGACCUACCUACAGACCUCUACGACGAGCUUGUUCGACACCCUUACGCCGUCCGCGAGUAGACUGCUCUUCCGCGCUCCUACGUUGUUGCUUUGUUUACC